AUGAGCAAACAACUAGAACGCACUGUGGCGUGGAUAACUGCCAUUCACGGAGGGCCAAGGCUAGCUUUAGCCAUCGCUUACAGAAACUUUCUGCUUUCUUCGCCGCUUCGACCGUUGACCAACGUUUCGUUGUUUCGAAUAAUCUGCCAGUUGGGGUGCGUGAUCAACCUUGCAGAAAACUUAUUUCUCCUGGGGCUGACUUCAAUUUCCUCAAGGGAGAACCAUGAAGCCCACAAAGUAUGCUUCGUGGGGUUCGUGAUCUCCAGCUUGCUCUAUAUGUGUCUUGCCACAUGGCUGUUCAGCCUGUCCGGACGACGACGUACCACUAGCCUGGGUGAAAGCUCUUAUGAGUAUAAAAUCCUGGCAUCAGCUGUAGCCAUCAUAUCGAUGACUAUAGCAUCGUACCUCUACUGGCGGCAUAAUGCCUACUGCGAACCUGGCGUUUACACGAUUUUUGCUCUGGCGGAAUAUAGCUUUGUCCUCUCGAACAUUGCUUUUCAUUUCACUUUGUAUUAUGAUUUCCAAGGGACUAUGGUCUACUUCGUUUGUGGCCGCUGCAACGAUUCGCUGAAGAAGCAACAAGUACAGACGCACGAAUACAAAUGUCACUCGAACCAAUACUCGUGUGUUGAUUGUCAGGCCGUUUUCAAUGCCAAGAGCUACGAUGAGCACCGAAAAUGCAUCACGGAGAACGAGAAAUAUGGUGGGAAGAACUUUGUGGCGAAAGUGAAUAAGGGCGAAGCCAAGCAAAAUGAAUGGACCGAUCAAGUUGAGAGGGCAAUUUCUGCCGUGACUGAGCCCGGGCUAAAGGACUUGCUACAGCGCAUCACCGGCUUCUCCAAUAUCCCUCGAAAAGAAGCCAAGUUCAUCAACUUUUUGAUGAAUUCAAUUCGGAUCCAUAAUCGAAGCUUGUGCGAACGAGCGUGGGCCGCUAUUUCGGAGGAAGCCAGCAAGAUCCAGAAAGAACAAGCCCUCGCCAAGCAGCAGCGUGAGGCCGCGGUCGAUGCGCAAAAGAAGGAAGCCGAAGCUAGCGAAAGCGCCAAAUCGGAAGCGGUAAAGGAAGAGGAUGGAGUACAGCGUAACGGGUCUUCCGGAAAAUCGAUCCCGUCUCUAAAAUGGCGAGCUUCGAUAAAGCGGAAGCUUGGCGAGGCCGGUGGAGAGAUGCAGGUGAAAAAGUUGAAAAAGGCGAUGCUCGGCGAAUUUAUCGCGGCCGGAGGGGAGAAAAGGAUUUUGAAGAUGUCUUCCUCUAUAAGCUCGGAAAGUCUGGAGUCGACAUCAAGGACGAGGCGGUGCGGCUUUGUGCGGCUAAAUAAAAACCAAAACAAAGCCGCAGAAGAAGAUGAGCUCCAGAUUAAUGAAAUCUUCGUUGAGGAUGAGCCCAGGUCUCGAUUACUGCUCGUCAACGGGAAUAUGUUUUUCCAUGCCGGGCUUGGGAAGAAUAUCACUUUUCGGACGGCUGGCGGCGGUUCUGUUUUUCUGCAUGAUACCGAUAUUUCGCAAUUGCCUGAGCUGGCUUCGUAUAACGAGACGUUGAACAGGCUUGGAAUCGCGGAAGGAAUGCUGAACAAGUUGGAAAUCGAUAGUUCGACUUUAUUUCGGCUAUGGAAACUGAAGCUGCCUCUGUACGAUAUUUGGAAUAAGAAACUGCAAAAUCUGACAUGGGACACGAUGGCGCUAAAGAAAUUGCUCAGGAAUCUGACGUCUCGGGAGCUGCGGUACCGGCGGCAGACAUUGAAGCUCAACAAGCUUGUGAGGGAAAUCUAUACGAACCUUAUCGAGGAUCGUUGUUCGAAGUCGCCCUGUCAAAACGGUGCCACUUGUAUCCCAAAAUACAACGGAUACGUUUGUAUUUGCCCGUCAACGUUCAUGGGAAAGGAUUGUGAAAGACUACAAGACCUAUGCGAAUUAUAUGGCGGUACGCAUGCCGGCUGUCAGAAUAAUGCAACUUGUAAUACCACCAGUGUCGGAAUGAGCUGUAAUUGCUCGAGCGGAUAUCACGGCCCUCUUUGCCAAUACAAAACAUCGACCUGCCUGAAGAAUACGGAGAUAUGUGGCCCACACGGACAUUGUAUGGAAAAGGAAUCUGAAACUGAGCCAAAGUACAAGUGCUUAUGCGACUGGGGAUACGAGCUCUCACCCGAUACGAAGAAUCCGACUUGUGUCGACUUUGAUGAAUGCCGUACACAGCCGUGCCAUCCAGGGGUCAAAUGCGUCAACCUGCCAGGCACGUUCAUUUGUUCAGGAUGUCCCAGCGGCUUCAGAGGCACCGGCCAAAAUUGCUACGACAUCGAUGAAUGCUCUGAGGGGUUAUAUCCGUGUUCGAGAUCCCCGCAAGUUGACUGUUACAAUACAUACGGCGGCUAUAAAUGUGGCAGUUGCCCGGAAGGAUAUUCCGGUGAUGGAGCUACUUGUACGAAGCUCGACCCUUGCGCAGCGGAUAUUUCGCCCUGUCACCCGUUGGCAACUUGCCAACCGGAUCAAGCUGGGGAAUCGUUCACAACGGCUGGUGUUGUUUGUCACUGUGCGGCCGGAUACGCUGGCGAUGGUCUUGGUGUCGAGGGUUGCAUUCGGGAUAACACAACGAUUUGUGCUGAAGCAAAUCGAUGUUUGAAUGAUGGGACUUGCUUACCAAUCAGCGACUCUGAAUUUCAAUGCAAAUGCAAGGACGGCUACAUUGGGAAAAGAUGCGAGCGGCCGAGUCCCUGCAGAAAUAAUCCCUGCCAGAACCAGGGCCUGUGUCAACCUCGCGGCUUUACUGGAUUCUUCUGCGAAUGCAAGGAAGGAUUUUACGGGACGAAAUGUGAAUUGGAAGAAGACGGCUGCGGAAUGCACAACAAAACGAGCACAGGGCUUUUGCGAUAUCCAGCAGAUUUCCGCGUCAGGUCAGCGCGCGAAAGUUGCGACUUUGUGAUCGCACCCGAGAAUUUGACCGAAAAUGCUCUGAAUUUAUUCUUCACGUCGUUCGGUAAAAUGGGAAUGGGAGAUCGAUCCGGGCCCACCCGAUGCAAUGAAACUGUUGGCAGCUUGACGCUCUACGAUGGUGUGACGGAUAAGGAUCCAUUGAUUGCCGUGUUCUGCGGAGACAGCAGCACCAGUCCUACGGCGCCAAACCUACAUCAAAAAAUUCGUUUCACGUCUACGGUUGGAGGGUUGCUACGGUAUAGCGGGGCGUUCGGGCCGAUCUUCAACUUUGGAUGGCGCUUGGAUGCGCGAAGAUGCGGAUACCGGACAAACGAGGAACAAGGGACGAUUGAAAUGCCUGACUAUGAGGACGAAACGGGCUGUGAAUGGUUUAUUACGGUGCCGGCGGGAAAAAUCAUCGAAUUUACCGUGCCACCGGUGGUGAUGCCGACCGACGAUACAAGACUGUGUACGGUCAAUUCGCUCGAGGUAUUUGACGGAUUACUGACCCUUUCAAGAAUCAUGGGGGUUUGUGAAUCGACGAAUCAAACCCUUGUUCUCCGUUCAACAGGACCGACUAUCACCAUCGCUUUCCGCUACUUCCUCCAGUUAAAAAGAAAUACAGCCUCCACCACCGAUACGACAACAGAAGCCCCGAAAAUUUAUCCCGGCUUUAGGAUCACAUACAAGGCCGUUGAGCCCGAUUAUUCGUGUGGAGGAGUUGUCAAAUGGGACGGCAAGGAUGAGUUUAGAGGGAAAAUCACGUCACCGAACUUCCCUGGAAUGUACUUCGCGAAUCUUGAUUGUACAUGGUUGCUUGACGGGUCGAUUGGACAGAAUGAGACUGAGAAUCAGCUGACUGAUGAUCAUAUGCUAAAGCUCGAGUUCCCGACGUUUGAUGUGAAUGGGUACUGGCUGUUGGACUUCGGUGGUCGCGACCGUUCUCAACGUACCGAUCGUUUGACUCCGUUUUCGCGGCCGCAAUUUAGCCUGAUCCCGCGCAGCUGCACGCCGGACUAUCUCCGGAUUGAAGACGUGGUCGCUGGAGAGUCGAAAGAUUACUGUUUGACGCAUAAGCUGACGAAGCCACUCUAUAUGAAGGGAGCAAAAGCAUCUAUCCGCUUCCACUCAAACGAGGCUGGGCCUGGAAAGGGAUUCGAGAUGCUUUAUUCUCUGGUUUGCGAAAAAGUAUUAUAUGAGAAGAAUGGGACGGUGUCACCCUGGAAUUACCCGAACCGCUCACCUCGUCCCUUUAAAUGCACCUUUGUCAUCCCAUCCGAGAAGAAAGAAGCCGUUCGCAUCAAGAUCCGCAAUGUUGGACUACAAGUGGCCACCACAAAGCAAUGCUUCUUCAAUGCUUCAACUGAAGAUCUGGACGAUUAUAUUGAGAUCGGUGGUGGAAACCCCUUGAAUAAGAACCUGAAUAUGCGUUAUUAUUGUCCGAAGUACCCGUUCACUCCCGGUUCAACAUUAAUAACCAGUGGAGGAAACCCGGUUGAGAUCACCUAUUCAACGAGCGGACACGAGAAAAACACUGGUUUCUUGCUGGAAUAUGAGGUCUUUGACGUUGGCUGCGGCGGGACUUAUAACGGAAUGGCUGGUACCGUCAAGAGCCCCAACUUCCCAGAAAAAUACCUGCCACAUAUGCAUUGCGUAUACCAAAUCACUGUCGGAUACCAAAAAAUCGUCCGGCUCAGCUUUGACAACUUUGAAGUGGAGGUUGUGCCAAAUGACGAGUGCUCUUUUGAUCACGUUUCUGUCUACGAUGGCGACAUCAAUGGGCCGCUAUUGGGAAGAUUCUGUGGUACCGUCAUCCCACCCACGCUCCUUUCUUCUGGCUACAAGAUGACGAUCGUUUUUGUUAGCGAUCGAUCAGUCCCGGCGACUGGAUUCUCGGCCCGAUGGAGUAUGGCGGACGCGACAAAAGAUUGCGAUCGGUCCUAUCUGGCUCCCGCCGGGGAAAUUGUUUUUAAUGGGACGGCGACUCGAGCCUUUGAAUGCCAAUACCACAUAGCGGUUGCCCCUGGAAAUCGCAUUCUCCUGUCUCUCAACCAAUUGGCGAUGCCUUGCACUAUGGGAAUGCUGAGCAUGAGAAACGGCGCUAAUGAACAAUCCGCGGGAUUCCAUUCACUAUACGAAGAAAACGAGGUCUGCGAUGAUCACAGCUUUAAGGAGCUACGCUCUCACGGAAAUCGCGUUUACUUCAAGUUGAAGACUAACAACCCAGCGGUGACUUCCUUCAAUAUUUCAUAUGAAACGCUGUCGGGCGGUUGUGGUGGACACGUUGACGGGAUACAGGGUACCGUAGCUGCACCUCAGUUCCCCCUAAAAGAUGCUCGAUCGAUGGAUUGCCAAUGGACGAUUGCCGUUGCACAGGGAAACCGUAUCAGACUAGCCCUCGCCAUGAUCGACGAUUUCAGAUCAGCAGACCAAAAUGGCAAUUGUGGAAUCUAUGCACACAAUCUGCUACAGAUUUCUGACAACAAUGGUCUACUGCGGCGGAUUUGUAAAAAAGAGAUUGGCGUCGCUCCAAUUGUUUCGGAAGGGAAUACGUUGAAUGUCCGCUACAAGCAAUAUGGCGGUCUACAUCUCGGAACGCUCUUCGGCUUCCUCAGUCAUUUCACCACGGUAUGCACUGAUGUAGUCCAUCGAAGCAUAAUUGGGGCGCUGCAGUCACCCGGUUAUCCAAAUGAAGCGUAUGGCAACCGUCAAUGUUCCUGGACCAUAAUCGUGCCUCGAGGAAACAGAAUUGAGCUGCGCUUCAAUCGUUUCAUCUUGCAACCGUCGAAUAGAUGGAGGAGUUAUGGGAAGGAAUGUGCCAAUGAUUAUCUAAAGUUCGGAGAUGGCGAAGUUGCAAGCGCGGAAAUAAAAGAUCCAUUGGGCGGUGUGAACGUCACCAACACGAUCACCACUUUUUGUGAGACCCAAACGCCGUUGACGGUUACGUCGAAAAACAACACGCUGCACAUCGAAUUCAGCACGAAGCUGGAAACCAAUCUAUUUUCGUUGAAUUGGCGAACGCUGGGCUGUGGCGGCAAUUUGUACAACGGUCAAAAUGUGUCGGUGUCAAAGGAAGAUAUCGAUCAGAAUGCUGAAUUUAUCGAAUGUCAAUGGAUGAUGGAGACAGAGCCCGGCAAAGUUAUUAAUGUCAUCGUGCAUACACUGUCUAUUUACCGGCCGGCCGAUGUAGAGUGUGACCCUGCUGGUGCAAAAUAUUCAGGAUUGGGCUUUUAUUCCGGAAGAAACAACGAGUCCGGUCUGGCCCAACGCGUUUUGUGCGAUCAGUUAACGAACUUAACUUACGUAUCACAUGGCAAUGAACUAUUUAUGCGGCUGCAGAUGCCGACAAAAUACAUCCAGUCUUCGGGCGCACAACCUUUUAUCACUUUCUCCACCAGAUUUGUUGAAGUCAACGGCACCGAAUGUGGCGGAAGCACAAUUUUGGAACAAACCGAGAAGGCCGCUUUCCAUUCACCCGGAUUCCCGAAAUCGCAGGAAAAAGGUGUAUGGUGCGAGUAUUUUGUGGAGGCACCAGAUGGACAUUCACUGGUGCUCCGUCUUGAUGAGUAUCGUCCGGCUGGCGAGAAAACGAGCUCCUUAUACCUGCCGCGCGAAGAACAGAAUUUCAGCUGCAAGGCGGACCGCGGGAGUCCUAUCUUCGAGAUGAACGGUUUCCUCGAAAUACACGGGCUCUACAGAACUGAACAUCGAGCCACCCGUGUCCAAGAGAGGAUUUGCAAUACGGUUGAGAACCCGAUGUUGAUCCGAGUACCAUACCCAAAAGCUUGGAUCCGAUGGAAGAGCGGUGAUGCUCAAGUUUCGAAAAGUGGCGAGGAAAAACGGCACGGAUUCGCUGUCACAGCCUGGUCGGAAUGUGGAGGUCGUAUUGUAGUCGGCGAAAAGAUGAAAACACUGAAUAUCAUGGAUUUGGAGGAAGACUACUGCAACUUGACUUUUGUGCCAAAUUGGGAGGCGGCUACUCCGGGAGUUUUUGUCGAAAUUGAAGAUCUAUUUGUCCGCAUCGGUCCCAAUUCGAACAAUAUGAAACCUGAUGAGAACUUCGAAACGGGAUCUAUCCAAGUUCAAGUGGAUGGUGGUGACUGGGAUUUGCACAGAUUGGAUACACGCUACGUCGGGGCUGCUGGGAAAGAAAUGAAGAUGGACUACCGUGGCAACGGAGAAAUAAAAGUCAACAUCGAAAGGGCACGCGGCAUAUUCCGUGAACGAAUCCAUCUGAACUAUGUGGCCGGAGGAACAGGCAAGAAACAUUCGAUUACGCCAUCAAAUAAAAAUUUAGCAUGUGGAGGCAUUGUGCGACGACCGAGCGGCUUUAUUCUACUACCAAACAUCCGGGCCUCCGAAUUCAACUGCGAGUGGGAGAUCCAGAAUUUCCCGGGUGGAAAGACACAGUUGAAACUUUGGGAAUUGACUCUACCUCCAUCCGAUGAAUGUGCAGCAUCAUAUCUGGAAAUUAGGCGUGGAAAUUCUACGGGCGAGCUUCAAGGGCGGUAUUGCUCUAGGGAUACACCUCUCACCUUGAAGGGCGAAAGCUUCUGGGUAAAAUUACGUUACGAAUUUGUCGCCGGCGAUGAAUACAUGAAUACGGCAAUCGACCAGACGAAAAACAAGCUGAAACUCGAGUUCAAUCGUCUUCCUUCUUAUCUUAUGGGCCCUACAACUUCCCAGGACAUUGAAUAUUACAAUGACCCACAGAUCAGCGACGACUUGGGCACGAGAUGGUGGAAUGUCAAAGCGAAGCCUGAUCAAGGCUUUUUAAUCCAUUUUGAGCGACUCUCCAUUCCAGCUGAAAAUCCGAUUGAUGGAUUGUUUAUAUCCGAGGUUGAUGAUCUGGGCAUGAGAAUCGAGGGCCCUCAAUUGAGAUUUGCGGGAUGGGCACGCCCUGUCGAUACAUAUAUCGAUUAUUCUUCAAUGAUGAUAACCUUUACCGCACCUCUUCGUGCUGGUUUUCGGUUACGCUGGACCCCUGUGCCCAAGAGAGGUGCCAAUUGGACGGAGCCUACGAAUACAACGGCAAUUCCGGGAAUGCUUGAUUUCAAUUGUGGUGGACCGAAAAUCAUGGAAGAAACCACAGGAUAUUUGACCAGUCCCGGAUAUCCAGGCGCGUACAGCGAAAGAUUACGCUGUAAAUGGACUUUCCAAAAGCCGCUAUUUUACGGGAUGAAAAUGACGAUAAUGGAUAUCGACAUUGAGACUACGACAGAAUGCCGCUACGACUAUUUGGCUAUCACUGUACCAAGCACUGUGCCCAAACGAACCGGUGAUGAGCUGGAGGCGAUACCCCAAUCCAACAGAAUUUGCAAAGCAAGCGAGCGAAACAGAACGCUCAACUUGAUGUAUUAUCCGAUGAUGAAUGUCUAUUUCUCCUCCGAUGAUAGCCGUGGCGGCCGGGGUUUCAAAUUGGCAUACCAGCUCACCUGUUCUUCCUACGACUUUAUCAAGAGCAGCUUCGGUGUUUUCGAUCGAGUGAUUACGUCAUGGGGUUACCCUAAUCCGAUCCCGGAUAGCAGUCAUCGUGCGAUCAGCACCAUGCCGGAUGUUGUACGAAAAACGGAAAUAUGUGGAACUGUAGAAAAGCUAGCGAAUCGCACGAUAAUUCUACCGAUAGGCCGCGCCUACUUCCUUCUCCGACCCGGAAAAACGGGACCGAGAGGACGGGGCUUCAAAAUCCGGGUCUCUGAGUACGAUGAGACAUGCACAAACGACGAGCUUCGGCUUGACGAAGCGAACCCCUCCAGAAUACUGGAAAGCCCGUUAUUCCCGCGAUAUUCGCCACACUCACUUGAUUGCCAAUGGGUAAUCGUAGCGCCAAAUGGGCGACGUGUCCAGUUUACGCUCGAUCCGAAUCAUUUCGAUCUCAUCACUUCAAAUGAAACAUGCAAUGAAGACUUUAUCGAAUUUUUCGAUGGGCCCACGGUAUUCGCCAAGCGCAUUGGGCGCUUUUGCGGAACACGCCCGCCGAGCACAAUCUACAGCUCCGGAAAUUCAUUGCUCGUCAGAUAUCGCACAGAUUCGUAUCAAUCCAGUUUGGGCUGGAAUGCAACGUACGAGAUUGCAACGUGCGGUGGCUCGAUAGUGUUGAGAGAAGGCGAAAAAUACAGUCUGACGUCUCCGAAUUAUCCCGAUCAAUAUCCGCUGAAAGCUGAUUGCCGCUGGACCGUCCGGGCUCCAAAUACACACUUUGUCGAAACAUCUCUCGAACACAUUUGGGUGUCAUGGAAUAAGAACUGUUCUUCUGACUAUUUGGCGAUUAGGGAUGGAAACGCAACGGAUCCCGACUUGAUGCCACCUGUCUGCACCGGCAUUGCCCUCAGCGACUCCAAAAAGCGCUCCUCAACACCAAUGGUUACGGUCGAUUUCCACGCAAACAACACCCAAUCGAGGGGCACUCGAAUGUAUUGCACAUCCAAGAAAUGCGGUUUUGAGCUUGCAUUGAGUGUCAGCAACAUUUCUUGUGGCGGAACGAUCAACGACGAGUCUGGGUUUAUUACGGCCCCUGGAUAUCCGGGUCAAUUACUACCGCACGUCACGUGCGAGUGGUUAUUCGAUGCGGGAAUUCGAUUUGGAUAUGUUCUGGAUUUUGAAUUUUUGGAUGAGGCGAUCCACGACGGUCUGCCAGAACAUCGACUGACAAAUUACCUAAGCGAUCGAUACUUCUGCACAAACCGUACCCAAUUCGUAUCAACUGCCGAUCUCAUUUCACUGAAAUACAGUGAUACAUUGGUCCGGGAUGCCUCGAGAUAUGACGAGACCAUACAGCUCAACGAACAAUAUCGGCCCUUCCGUAUUAAAUAUACGAAAGUACCCGAAAAAAUGUUACACGAGGAUGCUUGCAUGCUGGAGCUCCGCCGAAAUUCGACAAUCUAUAUCAGCAGCCGACUUGAGACGACGACAAACCCAGCGCUGCGUCUCAGAGCCGGGUAUUGCCACUUGGUGAUUCGCCGCCCAAAGAAGAAGCCCGCUGUGCAGACAAUUUCGGUAGAGAUCACUGAUUAUCGAUCGACGAGUCCGGUUCAUUAUGCUUAUUGCAACGACUACACCAAUUUUAUUGAAUUCUUGACUCCCCAAAACGACCCUUGGCCGGUGAAUGAACGGCUUUGUAACGCGACGUUCCGUUUGCUUGGAAAUGAGACCUACGUGGCGACGUUCUUAAACCCAGAGAUCAACGUCCACAUCUGGGUUCACAAGAAUUUGGACGAUCCGUUGAAGCACUAUUUUACCCGUUUCAAUAUGACGGUGUCAUUCCAAGAAUGCGGUGGUUUUAUCCGCGAGGGGCAACUUGAUGAGGAGUAUACCCUGAGCUCGCCCAACUAUCCGAAUAAUUACUUGCCAAAUUCGCAUUGCAUGUGGAUUUUUGAGGCGCCAGAAGGGCAAGCUGUUAAG